AUGGCUGGAUUCAGGCUCUCGCGCCUGGUGGCCUUACUGACGCUGGCCACAACGACAGCUGGCCAGAUCACACCCACCGGAGCGACUGUGAAACUUGGCGAACUCAGCUACUUCAUUAACCCCCACCGAGCCGGAAAUAUUCCUCGAUCCUCACUCAAUGCAAUCAGUGAUACACCAACCGCUUUCGGGUUCACUCCAAUCACAGUAGUGGCCACAGCCACCAAUCCCUCGGACCUAAACGCGGUCUUGACGAAUUGGACGAACAUUGACGACGUCUUCCAGGCCGGUUUUGCGCAGGUUGUAUUUCUUGCUGGUCAGAAAAGUAGCAGCACGCAAAACCUACUCGGCACAAACGCAGUUGUAGCUCCGCUAGAUGUCUCCGACUUGCCCUCUGGGCCUUACUUUGUCGACUCGGCGGGCUCGGCAUACAGAGCUUACCGUUUGUACGAUGAUUUUGUUGGUGCUUUCGCGGAGUCGCUUCUGCAGAAGCCGGACGGAACUUUCGAGACGCUCUCGGCCAAGAUUAGCUCCUCCGCCACGAUGAGCAUCGGUGUAUCAUCGAGACUAUAUUUCACACGAACCAAAGAAAAGCCAUUAGCUGGGGUUCGUAUUGGAGUGAAGGAUCUCUUCGACCUCAACGGCGUAAAAAAGUCCAACGGCAACCGGGCAUGGUACCACUUCUACCCGGAGGCUGAGAAGACAGCUCCUGCAGUCCAAAACCUCAUCGAUGCCGGUGCUGUCAUCGUCGGCCAACAGAUUCCGGCGCAAUUUGCGCAGGGUGGCACUGCCACAGCGGAUUGGAUCGACUACCAUGCACCGUUCAACCCCCGAGGAGAUGGUUAUAAUGAUGCUGGAGGCAGCUCGACAGGCGGUGGCGCAUCCAUCGCUGCAUACGAUUGGCUUGACUUGGCCGUUGGAACAGACACUGGUGGAAGUAUCCGCGGUCCUGCAGCCGAGGGCGGAGUCUUUGGCAACCGACCAAGCUGGGGAAGCGUGUCGGCGGACGGUUGCAUGCCCCUAUCUCCAACGAUGGACACCAUUGGCUUUCUCACUAGAGAUCCCACGCUCUGGGAUGCGGCUCAGGCGGCGUUGUAUCAGAGCAAAUAUACCUCCUACGCCGGUGAAACGGCGAUAAAGUGGCCGAAGAAGAUUUACAACAUUGGCGGUUGGCCGGAUCCAGCUGAUCCCACACCGCUUGACGACCUAACGCAGACUCUUGUGGACAUUAGAAGCAAGAUUGUUGAGUUGACUGGCUCAGAGCUCCAUGUGACUGAGAUUGCAGAUGAAUGGACCAAAACGAGACCCAAGGCUGCCCAGAAUGCUAGUAUAAACGAAGUCCUUGAUCGUGUGUACGCCAUCAAGAUAGAGAAAGAUGUUGUACGGCUGGUUCGAGAACCAUUUUAUGCCGAUUAUAGCGCAAAACACGACGGUGCUCUUCCCGCUGUCGAUCCGGCCAACACCAACCGAUGGGACUUUGCCGACCAGACACCAGACUCGGAACUUGUCGCCGCCGAGACCAACAGAACCAUGUUCCGGGACUGGCCGCAGUCAGAGUUGCUGAUGACAGACAGCGACACUUGCUCCUCAGCGAUUAUCAUCUACGCGACAGUUCUCGCCGAUCCCGUGCCGCGUAACGUCUACCUGAGCCCACCCAAGGUGAACCCCAUAUUCUCCCUGUCUCGUAUAGCACCGUUUGCAGAAGUUCCAGACUUUGCGAUUCCAGUGGGGGAGUUUGAGGCGAACAGUACCAUUACGAAUCAUACACAGAUGCUGCCUUUGGGGUUGGGCAUCAUGGUGGCCAAAGGUUGCGAUGGAGUGUUGACGAGACUGGCACAGGAUAUGGUGAAGAGCGGCAUCAUUGGGAAUUACAAGGCUGGUGGGACAAUGGAAGGCGGAGAGGUGCUGUUUAAGUGA